AUGCAUCUAACGUACAUGCUCGUUGACACAAACAAGGGCACAUGCGAGACAUUUACGCGGAGAAUUGCCGUAGGCUUCAAGGCGGCCGUCGGCGAUCUCAACUCCGCGGCGACGCGCCCGCGAGUGUCGCGCUCGUUCUUGUGUCGUCCGCGGCUCUUUGAGCUCGGGGACCACGUCUGGGCGCAGACGUACUAGUGCAUCACGGCGCUCUGCGACGACCCCCUCGCACGGUAGGACGCGGUGUGCCUACCAUUUCCCCGCGGUGAGGGCGGCGCGGGCUCCAGCGACCUUUUGAGGCAUUAACCAGGUGGAGCUAGGCGCUAUGGGACGCGCUAUGUGACGCGCUAGGCAAG